AUGGACAAAGAUUUGAUGCUUACUGUUCUCAAAUCCGGAAACACAUCAAAAGAGAUUUGGGAUCAUCUCCAACGUCUUUUUCAAGACAACAAAGGUAGUCGUGCCGCAACCCUUGAGGGUAAGUUUGUAAACUUAAAAUUUAUUGAUUGUAAUGAUGUGGAUGAUUACUGUGAUAAGCUAAAGGCGCUUGCAAAUCGAUUAAGUGACCUUGAUUUUCCCAUGAACGAUAAACGAUUGUUGGAUCGCACAGCAACACUGCUGCCAACCCCUGUCAUCCCAAUGCGGCCAAGCCCAGGUCCUCCAACAGCCUACUCGCCUAACUGGGCUCCUCACUGGAACAGUUCAUCCACAUCCCAUUCACCGAACUGGGCUCCCCACUGGAAUGCCCCACCGAGCCCAUUCCCAACUGUACCGAGCUGGGCUUCUCAGCAGCACCCUUCUCUUCGAGGACGAGGCCGUCAGUCCCGUGGGCGAGGCAGUGGCGUGGACGCAGCCCAUGAACAACCCGUUCACCGCAAGCGUAUGUUACUCCCACCACGGAAUAUCUACAACCAACGGAUAUUGCCGAAGCAUACAGCUCCAUGA